AGAGCAUCUGAAAAUGAGUGGACGAGGGAAAACCGGAGGAAAAGCCAGAGCUAAGGCAAAGACCCGCUCCUCCCGUGCCGGGCUCCAGUUCCCAGUCGGCCGUGUUCACAGGCUGCUCCGUAAAGGAAACUACGCUCAGCGUGUGGGAGCCGGCGCCCCCGUCUACCUGGCGGCUGUGCUGGAGUACCUGACCGCUGAGAUCCUGGAGCUGGCUGGAAACGCUGCCCGCGACAACAAGAAGACCCGUAUCAUCCCCCGUCACCUGCAGCUGGCUGUCCGCAACGACGAGGAGCUCAACAAGCUGCUGGGCGGAGUGACCAUCGCUCAGGGCGGCGUGCUGCCCAACAUCCAGGCCGUCCUGCUGCCCAAGAAGACCGAGAAGCCCGCCAAGAAGUAAAACUGGAGACUCUCUGACUGCUGGAAA